AGAAUACAUUACGAGAGAAACAGGAAGCGACGAGUCAGCUGACUCUACCGUGUCUUAAAUCCCUGUUUGCGACACUUUAAGGGUCUCUGCUUAAAACAUUUGGAGCAUUUCUUUAAAUAACAGCGUUUGUUAGUUAGUUUAGGAGGCAGAGAUGCUGCGACCCAAAGCUUUGACGCAGGUGCUGAGCCAGGCGAACACAAAUGGAGUCCAGAGCACUCUCUUGCUGAAUAACGAGGGCUCUCUGCUGGCUUACUCUGGUUACGGAGACACCGACGCCCGAGUUACAGCGGCCAUCGCCAGCAACAUCUGGGCGGCCUACGACAAGAACGGCCACCAAGCCUUCAACGAGGACAAGCUCAAAUUCAUCCUCAUGGACUGUAUGGAAGGAAGAGUGGCCAUCACGCGCGUAGCCAACCUGCUGCUGUGUAUGUACGCCAAGGAGACGGUGGGCUUUGGGAUGCUGAAAGCCAAGGCGGAGGCCCUGGUGCGGUAUCUGGAGGACCCGUUGACUCAGGUGGCAGCAUCCUAGCAGAUCUGUGGCCGAAGCUCUGCACGCUUCUGGGAGAAGAUCACAUGGUCCUUGGCGGACCGCCGUCCCUCUCUGACUGUAGCACAACAAGUCCGAGUGAGCGGCUCGUUGCCUGUUUGUCGUUUUUUUGUUAUUAUUUACCAGAUUAGAUGUCGGGGUUGAAUUUUCUCGGUCAUCUCGUCCUUUACAGCAAAACUGCAGUCCUUCUUAAACACUCACAACUACAUAACGAUGACUUUAAAGAUGCAGUGAAAGUAUCUGCCUAAAAAAAUGCAGUUAGGAAUAUUUACCUGUUUCAGUUGUGAAAUAAAGAAGAUUCUGUCCAGACAACCUUGUUCUCAUUUUCAGGCAACGAUGAGCAGCCACAUAGAUGGAGGUGACCCGAGUUAUUUAAGAGCUAAACUAUCUGUGUUAAAACGUUCGGUUCUGUUAACUUUGUCAGGUUUAAUUAGGUGGAAAGUUUUCUCCCUUUAUUAACCUGCGGAGGGCCAAAUCUAGCAAAAAUCAACAUAAGUGCAGAAAUACAUAAAUGGCCCGAUGAAGUAAUUAUUUAGCACCAUAAAAGAUAUUAUGUAAUUGAUGUGGUUAUUUUAAUCAUUUAACCAUGCCUUACUGUUCUUUUUAAUAAAAUUCUCUCCUUUUAUGUUAAUUUUCUUAUAGACGUAUGUGUAUUUUUUCCUGUUUCUCUUAAAUCAUUUAACGUCUCAUUACUUCUGUGUUUGUAAAAAUGUUUUGCCUUUAUUUAAUACCCCUUUUUGUCUGAUUCCUGUAGAAAAUUAAGUUUUUAUGGCUUUAAAAUGAUCCUUUGGCAGUUGUGAAUUUGCAAAUUAGAGGUUUACUUCCUGUUUAACCUGCAGCGUUUGGUUUAUGACCUGCAGGAUGCAUCUGUCGUGGUUAAAAUGAUUUGGAGAGUUUCUCACUUUCCAUAAGUUUCUUACCAGCUCUAAUUAUUCUAGAAGAAUGUUUUUUUGGUUUUUUUUUUACCAAGAACAAAAAUUAUGAGCUUGUGCUCUUGGGGCAAUAAAAGUACAGUUUGUCUGACUUUUCCAUUUGCAUUCUUUACUUAAUACCAACAUUUUGUUUCCUGUUAAUAAAAACCUAAAAUGAAA